CUCCCUAGAUAUACCCGCACAACUUUCGCGAUGAACCCUUCCAACCCACCUCAAGCUGCCGAGUACGGUGGAGAUGAGGUGUCUGCUAUUGUCCUAGACCCGGGAUACUCAACCACUCGCGCGGGUUUUGCCGGUGAAGAUGCUCCCAAGUCACUGAUCCCAACCUACUAUGGAAAAUACAACGCCGACGGCCAAGAGAAGCUCGUAUUUGGCGACGACGUAUUCGUUACCCCACGACCCGGUCUGUCUAUCUACAAUCCGAUUGGCAAGGAUGGAAUCGUCGAGGAUUGGGAUAUGGCAGAGAGAGUGUGGGAGCACUCAUUUAUGUCGCGACUUACCGGCACGAAAGCGGGCAACCCCUUCCAGAACGGAUUAAACGAUGUCUCCGCAGACGAGCUCCCUACGGAAAUGGAGGUGGAGUCAGAGGAGAAGCCCUUGUCAGACAGCCCAUUGUUGAUGACAGAGCCUGGAUGGAACCCAGCAAAGGCACGCGAAAAGACCAUUGAAAUUGCAAUGGAGAAAUGGGAUACCCCGGCCUUUUAUCUCGCGCGCACUGGUGUUCUUGCGGCUUUCGCUUCCGGCAAGGCAUCCGCCCUUGUUAUUGACAUUGGAGCUUCCAACAUCUCUGUUACCCCGAUCCACGAUGGCAUGAUCCUGAAACGGGGCGUGCAGCACUCUCCGUUGGGCGGUGAUUACAUCUCGUCGCAGAUCAAGGCAAUCUUCAAGGCCAACUCCCCACAACCCAUCACAAUCACGCCGCAUUACCUUAUCAGCUCGAAGUCGGCUGUCGAAGCUGGCCAACCGCCCCAAGCGAUAUACAAGACCUUCCCCGCCGACAAGGCACCCGAUGCGUCGUACCGUGCUCUCCUUGAGGAGCGCACACUGUCCGAGUUCAAGGAAUGUGUCGUCCAGGUUUGGCCCGGACCCACAAGGCUCUCAGCUCCCAGCCCCACGGGCGUCUCCAACGAAGAUAUGGCUAGAACUACCCCCGGUCGCCCAUUCGAGUUCCCCGAUGGGUACAACCAAGUCUUCGGUGUCGAGCGUUUCCGCGCGGUGGAAUCUUUGUUUGAUGCCAAGGCUGCCAUUCCAGACCCCGACUCGUCUUUCCCUCCCCCGACACCCGCCCAGACCAUCCCAGAACUUGUCAAGGCUUCUUUGGCCGGCGUUGACGUCGACCUCCGCCCCCACCUGCUGGCUAAUGUCGUGGUUACCGGUGGAUCCAGCUUGCUUUAUGGAUUCACUGAUCGUCUGAACCAUGAACUGAUGCAGAUGUUCCCUGGUCCCAGGGUGCGUGUUACUGCUCCCGGUAACACCUCCGAGCGACGCUUCGGCUCCUGGAUUGGAGGAAGUAUCCUGGCUAGUUUGGGAACUUUCCACCAGAUGUGGAUAUCCAAGAAGGAGUACGAAGAGCAUGGGCCGAACAUUGUGGAGAAGCGUUGCAAAUGA